AUGAUAGCUAAAUUGACGAAGCUUCACAGGCUCCGAUUGCGAUCAGAGCCGACACCCGAAAGCGAUGACAACGACAACCUAGACGCCGAGUCGACCUUUCACCGGACAGAGCUUCAAUCUACCGACAGCGGACAAGAUACCUCUAUAGCCUCCGCAAGGUUCAAGGCCAGCGUGCCCUAUAGAAGCGGUUCGUUGAUUUCGACCACAAGUACACUCAAUGCAGGCGUCCUCGGCAGACCAAUAGCGCAGAGCCAGCGAUCCCGCGACGAUUUGGGACUACACCUCGUGACCGAUCGGUUUGAACCAAGCGGCGAUAUAGUCUUCGUGCACGGCUUGGGAGGUCACCCGUGGACCACAUGGAGCUGGGAGCGCGAUCUGAACAACUUCUGGCCUAGCUGGCUUGAACAUGAAGGAGCAUUGUCAACAUGGAGGGUCUUCACGUUUGGUUACGAUUCAAAUUGGAGAGGAGCAGGAGCUAAUCUGAACAUCUCCGAUUUUGCGAAAGACCUUCUGCUUCAGAUUCUGACCUUCACAAGCUCGAAUGGGAGUGCUAUCAGGCCUAAAAAGAUCAUCUUUAUUGCCCACUCAAUGGGUGGCUUGGUGGUCAAGAAGGCAUAUCUGCUGGGCAAACAGGAUUCGCAAUUCGCCGACAUCGCGGCUUCGUUUCACGGCAUCAUCUUCCUCGCAACUCCCCACCGCGGGGCGCAGUCGGCCUCCACCUUGAACAAUAUCCUUGCAAGCCUUCCUCUGGGCCCACCAUCGAAAAGCUACGUCGCCGAGCUUCAAUUACACAGCAAUGCUCUUCACGAGAUCAAUGAGCAGUUCCGUCACCACUGUCACGAUCUUGCCUUGAUGUCAUACUUCGAAACAGAGAAGACCAGCAUUGGCCUCAAAGAUGCGAUGAUCGUGGAGAAAGAUUCGGCUGUCCUUCAAUUACCGGGAGAAAUGUCGGGCUCACUACGCGCAAACCACCACACCAUAUGCAAGUUCAAGAGCCCUACAGACACUCAGUACGUAAGAGUGAGAAACACGAUAAGCCAUUUUGCUAGAGAGGCUUCACCAGCUGCAGCGCCUGCUGUCGAUGUCAUCGAUCGCAUCGAAGACAGCCAAAAGAUCGCCGCAAUCCUGGGUGUCCACGAAGAUGCUGAAAACGAUCUCAAAUCCAGACACGGCAGGAUUAUGGACGGGACCGGCCAAUGGCUCCUACAAAAGUCGGACUUCACACGUUGGAAAAGCUCAGUGGGUGAUCGAGCUGCUCCGGUCUUUUGGCUAUUCGGACUACCCGCGAGUGGCAAGACGGCUCUUUCCAGUAUGGUGGCACAUCACUUGAAGGACCAACAGGCGAGCUGUCAGCAUCAUUUCUUCUCGACAGGACACCAGACAAAACGAACUGCCGCAUACUGUCUUCGUAGCAUCGCUUCACAGCUUGCCCAAAACAGCCAACCUUUCCGAGAAGCCUUGUUCUCUUUCCAUGCUGAGACUGGCAUCAAGUUCACUUCGCAAGAUCAAAACUUUCGUACGAUAUGGGAGAAGAUCUUCGAAGGCAUCAUCUUCAAAAUUGCAUUCACACAGCCACUAUUUUGGAUAAUCGACGGAAUAGAUGAGGCCGAUUCGCACUCACUAGUCAUCAACUCUCUCCUGAGGAUACGGUCGACUACUACUAUCAAGGUCUUCCUGAGCAGCAGGCCCAUGAAGGUACCCACCGCACCUAAGGGCGAAGGAUCUCCGGUCACUGUGCGCUUCUUGUCAGAAACCGAUACAGCGAGAGAUAUACGAGCAUAUGUGGCCACUUCCAUACGCGACAUCUUGACAGCUGCUGAGACUGUUCAACAAGACAUCGUUGACAAAAUCCUGGCAAAAGCUUCUGGAUCGUUCCUCUGGGUUCGUCUUUGCUUGAAGUCCCUCCGCCAAAGCUGUCAUACCCGAGAUGACAUUGAUAAGGCCCUGACCGGACUACCAGCGGGAAUGGUGGGUCUUUACGAACAAAUGCUACACAAGCUCCUUUCGCAGCCUGAAAAGACCCAAAGCCUCGCACACAUGCUACUAUCAUGGGUCAGUUGCAGCUGGCGCCCCUUGAGACUAGAGGAGUUACAGCUUGCCCUCGAACCUACAUUCACCGGCUUUUUGAAUCUUGAAGACACCGUCAAUCAGAUCUGUGCACACUUUGUCACCACUGACAAUGGUAAAAUAACUUUGAUCCAUGACACCGCCCGUCAGUUUCUUACAACCAAUCAAGCUGGCAGAAUUGCUUUCAUUCAACCUCGCCAGGCCCAUCUCCAGAUUGCUGAACGUUGUCUCGGGUACCUGUCUCAAGAUACCUGGCCUCGGACAUUCCAUGCAAUAUCAAUAGCCGAUGUUGAUCUAAAAAGACUCAUUCGGAGCAACCGCCUUCUCCUAGCCGAACAGGGCGCUCCUUUACUGGGUUAUGCUACGUGCUAUUGGGCAUACCAUGUUUCCAAAUCCCCAACAGCAAGCACAGAAAUCACAAACGCACUAAAAGUGUUCUUCUCGUCAUACUGUCUCUCUUGGAUUGAGGCUAUCGCGCUAUCCGCAAACCUACGCUACCUGACGAGAUCAGCGAGGUAUCUGAAAGCUUAUGCAAAGAGGAAAAAGCACGCUAGAAUGCACAAGAACUCCUCUCCGGUAUUGGAUAGCCUGACCAAAUUGCCAGAAGAUGAUCCAAAGUGGCUGCAGUCAUGGGCCAUCGAUCUCAUCCGACUUGUUGGUAAAUUUGGUUCUAUUCUCCUAGCGAAACCACCAGCGAUCUACCAAGAUAUCAUACCUUUCUGUCCAAAAGGUUCGAUGUUUACUCUUACCUAUGGAGAGCACAAAGCGGGACAGCUCACAGUCACUGGACUUCCUUCCGAUGGCUGGGACGAUCGCCUAGCUCGUGUUAGUGUGGGCGACGAUUACAUUGCUUCGCAGGUACUGGCUACAGAAUCAUACUUCGUCACGUUGAUCAGCACUAUCGGUAGAGUCCUUGUUUGGCAUACUGAAACAUGUGAGAAAGCACGUCAGAUCGAAGUAGGUGAAUACGUGGCGGUGGUGAGACUCAACAAUAGUGGGACGUUGUUGGCGACAGCGAGUUUCAGCCAUUGCGCGGUAUGGGAACUAUCGUCUGGUCGGUUGAUGUCGCGAAUCGACAACUUAACGACGAAACGAAUCAUCGCCAUAUCUUUCGCCAACAACGACGCUCAUCUAGUCAUUGGGUCUGACGACUGCUCUAUCACUGUAUACGAUCUUUCGACAUCAAGCAUAGUGCAGCAUCAUAUUUUCGAAUCGCCAAGUCAAGAUUACAAUGGUUGCCCCACAGCUAUGGCAAUCAACCCAGCCGCGGCCGCUGUCGCCAUAGCCUGGCGUGGCAAAGUCCCUCUGAUAUGGCACUUUCAAGCUACUGCGCUCCAACCAGCGCGGAUACGCCGGCUCCGCUCGUCUAUAACAUCACUUCUAGGCCCAGAAGAUCUUCAUUGGCAAGUCGACGGCGAUUCACUCUUCAUCCUUUGUCAAAAUGCCGACUUGGUUGAAUGGCGACUAUUUGAUGAUCAGCAACUUGCCUAUCCUCACCUGAAAGCCCGCGAGAUUGCUAUUAAUUCCGAAGGCAGUCUUUUGCUCACGUCAGAUCAUAGUGGGACGAUCAGCGUGUGGGCCUUUCCGCGCCUGUCUCUGAUAUACCAGCUUGGCAGCGUCAACGAUUUCGUAAGGGACGUGGCGUUUAGCCCAGAUGGUCAGCGGCUGUAUGAUGUGAGAGACUCGAUAUGUAACGUCUGGGAGCCCGACGUUCUCGUUCGCCCCGAUGAGCAUGACAUGGAGGAUGAGUCCAGCCUGGAUGAACUGAGCUUAGUCUCUAGUGAGCCGACCGUGUCUCAGAUCGACAAUACCAAGGCCUUCGUAUCAGCAGUUGCCAGUAGCGGAUCUGAUGCAUAUUACUGUUGCGGGAGGGACGAUGGCUCAGUUAUCAUCCACGAAGUUGCAAAUGGUACCCCCAUCCGCAAAGUCUACACUCACUCAUCGACCACAUCCGUACUUUGUAUGGAAUGGUCACCAUCCGGGCGAUACAUGGUAUCCAGCGACGACUCUGCUCGCGUCAUCGCAAAGCGAUUAGAAACGAAGGCCAAGGACCAGUGGCGUGUCUACCCAGUGCUAGAUGCGCGGGUGUCAGAGCCCGUACAUCAAUUUGUCUUUAGUCCAGAUGAGCAAUACCUGCUGAUAUCGACGUCGUCAACAGAUCAGCUAUACGACACACGAUCGAAGCAGCGGCCCUGGUUCAAAGACUGGGGAUCAAGACAGCGCCGCCGUUGGGUACAGGAUCCUCUGGACAUGGAGUCACUCAUUUGGCUUGAGCCUCAAUUACUGAUAAGCUAUCAAUGGUCCACCAUGACUAUACAAGUCAGUGUUGCAAUCGAGUCCGAGCCAGAACUGGAAACGGAAGAGUGUUCAGAGCCGCAGAAACAUGAUCAUACCGAGAAGGUCGUCGUGUGGGCCGAAGCCAUUCCUUCCAGUGGACAAAUUCUGUACGGCACUCUUCCAGCGAGCCAUUACCAGGGAGUCGUCGCCGUAACCGCAACUGCCAAAGAGUUCGCCGGCAUCUACCGGGGCAAACAAUAUCAUGAACCAGACUUCGAUGCCGUGCUCGACCGCGCAUUAGCCGCCGGAGUAGAGAAAGUCAUGCUGACAGGCAUGUACGCAUCCGACGCGUCUUUUAAUCUCGGCAUAGCGCGAAAACGACACGAGCAAUGCAGGGUCACAAUCGGUGUGCACCCAUACCAUGCCGCCGAAGCUGAUGAGGGCGGAGAAGAAUACUACAAGGGCCUGUGCGACAGCAUCACGACGACCAUGACUGAAGAGCCCCACCUCCUAGCCGCUUUCGGAGAGCUCGGCCUCGACUACGACAAGCUGGCCGAAGCCCCAAAAGACGUUCAGAUACGCGUGUUCAAGCGACAGCUCGAUAUGAUUGUGAGCGCGGGAUGGAAACUACCCCUCUUCCUCCACUGUCGCGCCGCGUUCGAAGAUUUCGUUGCUAUACUCGAACCCUACAUGGACCGGCUGCCUUUACGAUCUGGUCUUGUCCACUCUUUCGUCGGUACCACAGCGCAGAUGCAGAGUUUGAUCGCUAUGGGCCUACAUAUUAGUGUCAACAACUUCGCUUUCCGAGAUCGCGAUAGCUUGGAUAUGAUCAGGCAUGUGCCGUUGGAUAAGCUGCAGAUUGAAACGGAUGCGCCGUGGGGCGAUAUCCAAGCGUCUAGUGAAGUAGCAAAGGCGUAUUUGAAGGACGCGACGAAAUGGUCUUGGGGGAGCAAGAAGAAGGAUAAGUUUAGUAUGGGCGAUAUGGUGAAGGAGAGGAAUGAGAGUUGCAAUGUAGAGAAGGUGGCGUUGGUUGUUGCGGGGAUUAAGGAUGUUGGUGUCGAGGAGGUUGCGGAAAGCGCGUGGAGGAAUAGUGUGGAUAUGUUCUUUUCGCGUUAG